AUGUACGACGAGGAAGCAGAUAAAGUAAAAGAAUUAAUAUUAAAUUUCUUUCCUUUUGACAAUUCUGUACAAUUAAUUGAUUCAAAGAAAGGCAAAAAUUUACUAAGACGUGUCCAUCUUCCUCCAUUGAAACUAGAAAUGCUUCAAAUUGGAAAUAUUGUGAAUAUUUUCUCUAAGUUAUUGCAUAUUGUGGAUUGCGCGCCAGCUACCAGGGGUAUUUUAUUUAAUAACGUUCAAAGCACAUUUGCUAUGAUAAAACCUGUACCUCCUAGUGAACAUGGAAAAAUUAUAACAUUUAUCAUGAAGAAAGGUUUUCGUAUUGUUCGUAUGAGGAAUGGUAAAAUAAGCAAAGAUUUUGCUUUAGAACUUUAUAAUCACCUCAGCGGUAGCAACAUGAUGCCUAUUAUUAUAGACUAUGUGACGUCGGGGGAAGUGAUAGGCUUAGAAUUAGUCGCACCAGAUUCGGUGAAAAGAUGGCGUCAAUGUUUAGGAGAUACAGAUCCCGUUGAUGCUGCACCGGGUACAUUGAGACACAUGUACGGUGAAAAUAAACUGAAAAAUAUUGCACAUGGUUGUCAAACCCUAGAAGAUGCAAACCGAAUGUUAGAUUUAUUUUUUGGUUAUGAAAACGGUAUACCCAGGAUUUCUUUCCGGGCAACUUUAAAGGAUUGCACCUGCUGUAUUAUAAAACCUCACGCCAUUAUUGAUGGUAACGUUGGCUCCAUCCUCGAACAAAUAUCAAUAUCUGGAAAAUUCUUUAUUUCGGCUAUGGCAAUGUUCUCUGUAAAUGUUGCAAAUGCAGAAGAGUUUUACGAAAUAUACAAGGGAGUUUUACCGGAAUAUGAGGCAAUGUGUAUUCAUUUGGCUGAAGGACAAUGUAUUGCCCUAGAAGUGAAAUGUACGGAUAAAAAUUGUUGCGUUGUCAAAGAAUUUAGAAAGUUAUGUGGCCCUAGAGAUCCCGAGUUAUGCAGACAACUAUACCCAAAUUCGAUAAGAGCACAAUAUGGCAAAUCCAUUGUACAUAAUGCAGUUCAUUGCACAGAUCUUCCAGAAGCAGGGACAUUAGAAGUGGAAUACUUUUUUAAGUUGCUUACUAAUAAUUGA